AUGUCUGGUCAAGCAGCGUCCAACGAGGGCGAGCUGUCGUUCGGCCUCGAGUUUGAGUUCCUCUUUUACUUCAAAACCCCCUGGGCCGAUGCCGUCCAGGGUCCAGACGCGGUCGUGGUGGACGAGGAAGAGGAAGCUCGGCUCCCCCCAGCGCUCAGUCUUCCCGAUAAUGUGAGAUGGAGCCACAGCGACUUCUACCCGCUACCUGACGCUGACCACGACGACACCCCUAGGGGGUGGGCAACCAGUCUGAUCAGGCAAGCCAUCCUGAGCGUUCCCGGGGCCAGGAUCCGGGGCGAACCGAUGCCGGACGGCACGGACCCGUCCUACCUUGACAUGUACCGGUUUCGCCUGCGCGUCAACGUCUCGUCGGGGCUCCACUGCCAUGUCGGCGCGGGGCUCCGGAAGCCGCAGGGCGUAGAUGGAGGAGGAGGGGCCUCGGAGGGUUCGGACGGCGACGAGAGCGACAACAGCGAAAGAGGAGACCACAUCGUCGACGAGCCGGGGUUUGAAUGGGUGGAGGAGGCGAUACCGUUCCGGGGUACCAAGCACGACCUGGGCGUGUUCAAACGCGCCGCCGCCCUGCUCUGGGCCGCCGACGGCUUCCUCUGCCACGUGCACCCCCCCGAGCGAGGCCUCAGCCGCUACGCGCCGCCCCUCCGCCUCUGCUCGCGACUGGCGCACGGCCUGCGUCUGGACCCGUUCGAGGACGCCAACGGCUACGUGCAGCACUACGAGCGGCGGCUG